CAUAGUUCAUCUUAAGCUGCUAAAGUACACCACACAGAAUUUUCAAGGAACCACGACUCAAAGAGAAAAUGAACGAGACGAUCCUGUUCGGUUCAUUGAUGAUAAUAAUUAUCAUCUUCGGCUCAAUCGGAAAUGCACUGGUUAUAUACUCCUUAUGUAAGCAAAAGAAACUAAUAAAAAGAAACAAUCAUUACUACCUUGUUCUACACCUCGCUGUCUACGACCUAGUUUGCCUACUGUUUGGCGGAGAAUACGCCUACGAAUCGCUCAGUGGUAAGAACUUCGCAUUUUCCACUCUAAUUUGUAAGCUGUGGUCGACAAUUCACACAUGUUUCUUUAUCAUGGACGCUGCCGUAAUGGUUAUCAUUGCCCUCAUCCGGUACCGCGCCGUUUUCCGUCCACUAGCAGCGCCUUUGAAAAGAUGGCAUAUUAACGUGGUUCUAGGAGCAGGCUGGAUGCUAGCUAUUGCAUGCAUGGCCCCAUUCUUCUGGAUGUUACAUUUCUCUCCAAAACCAGAAUCAUGCCACCCAGAUUGGCCUAACAAGACCUUCGAAGUCACCUACACCGUUCUCCUAACAUGCAUACAAUAUUUUAUACCAGUCAUAGUACUGACUUUGGUGUAUCUGAGAAUCUAUAAGAAAAUUUCUGAAAACUUCACAGAAACGCCCAGGGAAGAUAGCAUUCUGGCUCCAAGCGAUAUGGACGAAAAUACUAAAAAGGGAACAUGGUUUCAAAAGUUCAGAAACGACCGAAAUGGACAAAUAUUUCUAGUCAGUUUUGCCAUAGUUAUAUGUUUUACAAUAUCUGCCUUCCCACUCCAGUUGAUUGGAAUAAUAGCCAUCAGCGGCAUCCCAGUUGAUAGGUAUCACACCAUCUCAUAUCUCCUGUUUGUUACUGGAGUCUGUUCACUGAACCCAUUUAUAUACAAAGCUUUGGACAGAAAAGUGUUUUUGGUUAUAAGAUCAUUUGUGAGCAAGACCUUCAGACAUAUUUCACACUCAUCGAAACGAAGUGCACCAGCUGGAUACACUCACACAAGAAACAGAGAGAGUUCUGUUUAAAGGGACAAACAAGACUUUGUCAUAAUGUCUGUACAUUCGCAUUAGUAGCAUUGGUCCAUCUAGUUAUUGCAUUCCCCGAUAAUCACCUCGCCUUUGGCGAAUAAUUGUUAAAUACAGUGAGAUCAAAAACACAAAAGAGAUAAAUUUAGAGAAAUUAUUUAGGAAGAGGAUGUUGCUUCAAGAUUUAUUGACCUAAGCUAAUCAUAUUAUUUGCAUUUGCAAUUUGUUAGCUUUAGCAAAAAUAAUCGAGCUGUUGCAGGCAUGCAUAUUGUUUCAUGCAUGUACUGGCCAGAAAUAUUCAAAAACAUGAUUAUU